GGAGUGUAGGAAAGAAGGGAGGGAAAGGGACUUGGGUCCAAAAGCAACAAGUAGAACCUGAACCGAAACCGGUGGAGAAGGACAAACAAGAGAUGAUCCCCGGUGCUGCCCUUGGCCCGUCUGCAGCACGAUACAUGCAGGAGGGGGACGAAAAAGGGUUUGAAAGAAGCAUCAGUCCCUCCUCGCAACAGAUGGGAGGUGAUGAGGGUGAGAAGGCCGGGCGACAGGGGACAGACGAAACGAUGAUGCAGAUCGAGGUAAUAAACAAUCCCCCUAAGCAGCCGGGCUUAGAGAGUGGGGGGCAGGCGGAAGGGGAAGGAAUGGGGGUGGAGCCAGAACGAGGGACACCAGAGGACAAGGGGUGCAGGGGGAGGUUGACAGGAAGGUCGAAGGAAAGGAAGAGAACAGAAGCAGAGACGGAACAGAGGAGCUUUCAGGACGAGGGGAGACAGAGUCAGAUGAUGGAGAUCGACCCCUUCCAGGCAGCCUUCGUCCCGGAGCUGAUGGAAGUCGACCCCCUUCCGGAAAACUCGACUGCAGUACCAGGGGGACUGUCCUGUGAGGAAGUGGAGGAGGAAGGGACCCCGCCGUCGCAGCGGCCUCCGGAGCAGAAGUUGGUAGCCAUCGCAGAUUGGCUGAUGGCUAAUCUGAAGGCAAAAUAUGGCUCCCUUGAUGACGAAUUCUGGGACAAAACAUACCUUGAGUUAUUCCCCAUGCUUGACACGAGCACCUCACUCCAAAAUGUCCUGGAAAACGGACUGCAACCCGGCGUCGGGUGGACAGAAGCAUGGCACAAAGUAGCUACCAUAGUGUUUGCAAGAUUCCAGCCUCCUCACUCAACCACAGUGAAGGAAGGGAGGCACAGUGGGAUACAAACUGAAGAGGCUCGUGACGGCCGACCGACGACAACGACGGAGGGAGGAGGGCUGACGAAGGAGGGAGGAGGGGUGACAAGGAGGGCCGCCGACAAGGACAACGACGGGGGACUGUCGACGAGGACGACGACGGCGAAGGAGGGAGGACUGUCGACGAGGACGACGGCGAAGGAGGGAGGAGGGGGCGGCAGCGGCAGUGCCAGCACUCGGCGGCGGGAGGGAGCGGCGGGACGCAGCGAUCAGAGUGCGCCGGGCGGCGAUGGCGCCAAGCAUCUCACAGAGCAGAUGAAGCUGCACUUCAUCGUGGAGGGCGUUGCGGGGAAAUAUGCAUUCAAGGAAUCGAAGCGGUGGAAGUGCAAGUACUGCGACCACCGUUUCAUCGGGACUGCGACGAAACUCACGAAACACUUCCUCGAAAAGUGCAGCCUUGACUAUUGCACAACGGAAAUGUCGGUGGAGGAGAGGGUGAGGAGGGAAGAGGGGAUAAGGCAAGGGAAGUGGCUUGCUCGCGUGCUGACGCACGGAGAGGCACUAGGGUCCGGGCCCAGCAAUUCGCAGACCGCCGCUGAAAACGUCCCUCAGUUUCGUAGCUCGGAGGUGGGUGCAGCGGGCAUCACCGAUGAAACACCCACGCCUCAAUCGACUGCAGGCACAAUUCAUGGAUCGAAGGCAUCGAAGGCAGUUCCAAAGGGACCUUUGCGGCAAACAUUGAUCGAGGAGGCCGACAGUGUUAUCACGCGAAACGAGCGGACGAGUCGUUUGGUGGAGAAUGAGUAUUUCCUAGAGUUCAUUGACGCGGUGAAGAAGGCCCAUCCGACGUGGAUGCCGUGCAGAAGCGAUGAGCAAAGGACGAAACGGCUGGACGCUGACUACGCGCGGCUUGGGGCGGAGGUGCGUUCGAUGAUCCCGAAGUGGAAGAAGUCCGGGUGUAUGCUGCAGAUGGACGGGUGGUCCGAUCACCGGAACAAGCCCCAUCUGAAUGUCAUGGUGUCCUCGCCAGUCGGUACGGUCUUUUGGAAGUCAGUGUGCAUGGAGGGCAAGGAGAAGGACGCUGAAGCUUACUUCCGUGUCUUGGAUGGGGUCAUCAAAGAGAUCGAAGCGGACACAGUCGUUGGUGUCGUCAUGGACAACGCAAGGGUGUGCGUCAAGGCAGGGAAGAUGGUGGAGGCCGCCUAUCCGAACAUCUUUCGCGUCGGAUGCACUGCGCAUGCGCUCGAUCUUGCGCUGGAGGACAUGGAUAAGCACAUGCCUUGGAUGGCGGAGGUGGUUGAUGCCGGGAACAAGGUCGGCAAGUUUUUCACGAAUGUGGACAAGGCGAGGGCCAUGUUCCACAACUACUCACCGAAGACGAAGUUGAAGCGCCCUGCGACAACCAGAUUUGCCACCAACUUCACGAUGCUCGGGUCUUUGAAGGAAAUGAAGAAUGCACUGGAUCGCUGCGUUUGCGAUGUGGGAUGGGUGGAGAAGAUGGUACGGGCAGAGCAGUUAGUGGUGUUCAACGAGGUGAUGACCAUCAUUCUUGACAAGGGCGAGUUUUGGAGCAACCUCAACAAGGCGCUCGAUGUGAUGCAGCCCGUAGUGGAGCUGCUUCGGCUGGUGGAUGGACAAGGACCGACCAUUUCGAAGGUGUACUUCAAAAUGGAUCGGGUUGUUCAGCGCAUGCGUGCCCUCGAGUGCCUCUCAAGUGACGAGCACGAGGCGGUGGAGCGCAUCCUCAUGGACCGCUGGUCAUUCAUGACCAGCGAGCAGCAUUGCGCUGCAGCCUUCCUGGAUCCUGAGCACCGAAUGCAGAACGCGCAGCACGACCCGGAGGUUCGCUCAGGAUAUAACAUCUGGCUAUACUCCUGGAUGCCACGAGAUAAGCUCAAGGAAGUGAGCUUCCAGGUUGACCAGUGGGUCAACGCUUUAGGAGGGUUCUCCACAGACUUGCAUGAGCUCAUCUACGGGAGAAGGCGCACGAAGCUCAUGCCGGAGAGGAUGGUCAAGCUCGUGUACAACAAUUGGAAUGUCCGCCUUCUGAAGAGCAUUCGGCGCGGCGGGGGGGAUGAAAUCCACAUCCCAUGGGCGUAUGACGUCCCGGUGGACAAGGAGAUGGAGGACUGGUACGCAGAUUGGCUGAAGCGUGUCCACGGAGAUGUGGAAGAAGAAGAGGUGGUUGUGGCGGACGUCGAAGACGAGGAAGACGAGUUUCCACUGCGGCGCACCUUCCAGUGCAAUGACGAGGUUGACGAGAGGCUGUGUGAGGAGGAGGACUCUGUUCUCGUCGGUACAAGGGAGCGCGAUUGGCACGAGUGCACGAAGCCCGGGAAAUACCGUGAGCGUGAGUUGCGCAGGAGAUCAGGCAACGAGUUGCCCGUGCCUGAGGAGUUGUAUACGGAGGAGGGCUAUGCUCUUGCAUUGGCAGCUCGACGGGCGGGCACAUGGGUGGAGGGUCGGGAGGAGGGACCACGGAGGAGGCRCACAAACAAGGGCAAASAGAAGSYUGRUGRCAACGCGCCCGUGCAGUGUGGCAAAAGGAAGGCUGUUGAGCAAGAACAGCCACGACCGAAAUGGGGCCGUCCCACAUUGGCGGAGCAGGCAGAACGCAGGGCACGAAAGGCGGAAGAGAAGGCCGCCAAGGCAGCAGCUGACGCUGCCGCAGCAAAAGCUGCUGCGGCCAAAGCCGUUGCGGCCAAAGCCCGAGCAUCGGCGAAAGCCGCCGCCAAGAACGCUGCCGCUGGGAAGACGAAGAGAGCCGCCACCAUAAAUGAUGACGACGAUGACGAUAUCUCGGAAGACAUCUGGGGAGAUGAAGAGCUCGAAGGCUCAACAUCGACUUCUUCCUGCUCAAGUGACACAUCUGAUUCCUGUGGGGAGGAGGGAACGGAGGAGAGUGACGAGGAAGAAGGCGGUGAGGGUGAGGCGCAGCCGGAGGAGAGCGAGGAGGAAGAAGGGGAACAGGCGGCGUAGGGUGCACCCGCUGUGCUGUUUUGGCAGACAAACUCAAGUUACUAAGCAAUUCGAAUGU